AAUUAAGCUAAUCUAAUUCAAAAACUAAAACAAAAAAUGUAGUGAUUAAAGCCAUACAAUUAUCCAAGCUCUUCCAGUGCCCGACAGAUCAAUAUCAAUUAAACUUUCCACGUGGCCUGAUGAUCUCUCAACUUCAGCUAACUGUCUGUCAAUUAAGUCUCCCUCGCAUAAAUAAAUAUAUUCUCUUUAUCAGUCAGAGACAGACACUGUUGUUGAUAUUCUAAUGUAUACCCAUCAUUUAAAUCCUAUGUUAAUUUGCGACUUAGACUAGACAACUGCUAGCUAAAACCAUGUCCGCGGCUCGCCACGGCGCCGAAAUAUCGGACGCUAGAACGCUCAGCGAAAUAUCGGAAGUCGACACUUUUCGUCUAAGUUUGGAUCUUGUAUCUGCUGCUAAGAGAAAUAUCGGGUUCUUAAGAGCAGUGAGCGACUCCCAGGGGCUUCACGAGAAACCAGCUGUUCUUGAAGCUAUUAGAAGAUAUGAAGAGCUAUGGAUGCCGUUGAUUUGUGAUCUGAUGGAGGGGUCAACGCCUCCUAUGGUGCUUCCUCCUCUGGAUAUUGAAUGGGUUUGGUUCUGUCAUACUUUGAAUCCGGUCAGUUACAGGCAAUACUGCAAGGCAAGAUUCUCAAAACUAAUAGGCAAGCCAGCAAUUUUUUAUGAGGAAAAUGAAGAGUAUGCAUUGAUGAGAUGUCAAGAAUAUUGGAUACAUAGAUACCCAAAUGAGUCUUUUGAGAAUGAAGUUGAUUCCAGUAGUUUGCAAUUAGACCCAGUUGUUAAGAAUGAAGAUUUAUUCAAUGAAGUCAAGAAACAUAGACAUGUAUAUAGUAAAUUUUCAUUGCCAUACAUGAGUGAGCUUGUGUACUUGAUAGCAGCCAGACAACGGUACAAGGGAUUCUUGUAUGCUUUGCAGAGAUUUGCAGACGAUGGGUGUUCCCUUUUAGUUCCUAGUUUGGAUGUCCUGCUUAUGUUGAUGACACAUCAGAGUUAUCCGACAGUAUAUGCAGAGGAUAUGAAGGUGAUUGAGACUGAGGUGUCGGAGAAGGUAGUGGGGAUGUGGGAGAAUGUGAAAGUGAAAGAGGUUGAAGAGACAAAAAUGAUUUGGGAAAGAGCAUUUGAUCAACCUUAUGAGAAAGCUGGUGCUUCUAUAGAGUUCAAUGGGCUUGCCUCAGUGAAGCCACCAAUUUAUUGGGAGGUAUCAGAUACGGAUGUCAACACCAAAUACAAGUCCUUGCUUCCAAGGUUCUUGCUGGAGGUAUGUAUUUUUGUCAGGCUCAACUCUAGAAUGAAGGCAGUGCAAGAUGAUAUAAAACAAAACUUUCUGCGUUUACGAGCUGUAAGAUGCCACAGGGAGCUGAAGAUAGAUAAGCCCUUUUCCACUUUCUCCUUUGAUUCAUGGAAAAAAGUUUCUCAUCUGUAUUGUGAGUUUGGCACCAAAGGAGUACUGCUGGAGCUUCGCAAACAUUGUCGUGGCUUCUUUAAAUCAAGCAAAUUAGAAGGCUCUGCUACAUUUCUCUGGAAUGACUUGCUAAGAGCACACUCUCUUACUUUGGAAAGAGAAAUAGAUAAGCAAGUCAGGGUAGUUGCUUCAAUUACCCCACCAGUUCAAGCAUCAUACUUGUUAAAAUGUGUUCCAGAUAGAGUCACUGAUGAUUCAGGGGCUAUGGUAUCAGAUGUCAUUUUGAGAAUGAACCAUUACAAGCCUCAGGAAGGUCGUUGGCUGUCUCGCACUGUUCUUGAUCAUGCAGGAAGAGAGUGUUUUGUUAUACGAAUGAGAGUGGGAGGAGGGAUCUGGAGGAGAGGAGGUGAAACCCCAUCAGCUGUGAGAUGGGAAGAUAGGAUUAUAGAGGUCCGGGAAGGUUCUUGGAAAUAUGUGGCUGGUUCCAUUGGUAGAGCACCCGAGAAAGUAGUAGGAACAGCAACACCUAAGGAGCCUCCAGAAAAUUGGCAAGCUUCUUGGUGUUUCUCAACAGGAGAAAAAUUGUUGAUAAAUUGGGAAUCAUCAUCAACAUCAUCGUCUGACUUGAGGUUUUGUUUAAUAAAUCAAGCAUCUCCUGAUUCAACAAUGAAGUUAUUAAAAGGGCGGAGAAUGCAAUAUCAAGCCAAUAAAAUUAGUCGAGAAAGUAAAAAGGAAAACAAUGAAGUAGAUAAUGAAGAAGACGAAGAUGAAGAUGAAGAUGAGGUGGGCUUCAUGACACUUGUUCGGUUCACAGAAGAUAACCCAAUUGGAAGAGCAACAGCUCUUCUCAAUUGGAAGCUACUGAUAGUUGAAAUAUUGCCAGAAGAGGAUGUAGUUUUUGCACUUCUGCUGUGCAUUUCGAUCCUAAGAAGUGUAUCAGAAAUGAGAAAAGAAGAUGUGGGAAGCCUGCUGAUUAGGAGGAGAGUAAAAGAAGCAAAGCUUGGAGCUAGAGAUUGGGGUGCUGUUAUACUUCAUCCUUCUUCAUUCUCACCAUCAAUUUCUUCACCAUAUCUUAAGCCCUGGCACUGGAAUGCCAAGGCUGUGAUUACGUCAGACGGAGUGAAUAAUUUAACAAAGCACCCUGCCACUAAUUCUUCACAAGUAGAAGGCGGUGAAAAAUUGUAUAAGCGAGGGAUUAUCACAUGACAGGGGAUAAGGUUUCUGUAUCAGAAUAUUCUUUUCCUAUAGAGAAAUGUCAGAAUACAUACAAUUUGCAUUCAAAGUACACACUCAUGUGCUGAAUUGCUACCUCUUUCAAGGAUCAAGUUGCUUCUGCCA